AUGCGGUGCACCGGUUCUCCCUGCCAAGGGACUUAUUACUGGCGGGAUCCAGAUAACCGAAGCAUUACAAACUUAAUACAAGUGUCUUGCCAAACCAUGUCGACUACGCUGAAGGAGAUAACAUACUCAGGACUCUAUACCAAGUCCACUACAAAAAGCCAUUGGCUCCACGAAAUGAUAGGCCGAACAAUACUAUUCAGGUUAUAUCGAGCUGAUAGAAGGAUUAGAAUGCAGUACGAGUGA